AUGUCUGCGACCACUCUUCCAGAAGACAGGAUUCGAGUUGUAAUCAAUCAGCUUAGGACUCUCAUCUCCAACAUUUUGAUGGUCCCAAAUGAGAAUAUUGACGAUGCAUCAUCGUUUGUAACCCUUGGAGGAGACUCAUUCAAGGCUGUUCAUCUCUACCAGAAAUGUGCUGAGCAUGGCUUGGGUGUCCGGUUCCAGGACAUACUUCACAAAUCUUUGAGAGAUGUCGCCUCACUAGCUUCCAACCACCAAGACGGCUGUACUUCAAUCCGGCAAGUCAAAAAGGGAGACGAAAGAUUUUCACAAAUGCCUCUUGGCUAUGACUUCGCCAAGAUAUUCAACGAGCUGCGGGAAAACUACAAUGUGGACGUCGAUGCUAUCGAAGACAUCUAUCCUUGUAGUCCCAUGCAAGAAAGCAUGUAUAUUGGCCAGAAGAUGAUCUCAAAGCGACUUUACCGUACACGUGGGCUUUUUGAAGCACAGGAACUUGACUUGGAUCAGUUUCAGGCAUCAUGGAAUGAAAUUGUCCACCGUCAUCAAACUCUCCGAACUGUCUACGUGGAGGCUUCUGAGUUCAACUCGAGCCGCUUACUGGAUGCCGUCGUCCUGAAAUCUGGACCGCAGUCAAUUAUCAUCGAGCACGUGGAGGAUUUGGAAGAUAUUAGUCACCAAUUCACGAACGGAGAUCUCGAGACAGUCAAAACUGACCAAGAUGGGUGCCAACACCAAAUCACAAUCUACGUCUCUGCUCGAGAACCUACCGGUAGUCGAGUCUUGUUUCAUAUGGACUUGAAUCACUUGACCGUAGACGGUAGCUCAUUGAUGAUAAUCAUAGACGAGCUGGUCAACGGGUUGCAGUGCUCUCGGCAACCUGGUCCAGCGCCAGGAUACGGGAGAUACAUCGACUAUCUACAGACUCAGGCUGACGAAGACGGCGCACUUGACUAUUGGGUUGAUUACCUGGACGGGGCAGAGCCGUGUUUUUUUCCGGCUUUGGACGACAAUAAAACACAGGCAGGCAAUGCUGGAUCUUUCCAAGUCGCGGAGAUGCCUCUCACUGUUACGCUAGACGACAUCCGCGCCUUCUGCCAAAAGUACAAUGCAACCAUAUCAAAUGUGCUGCAAGCUGUCUGGUCUCUUGUCUUGUACACUUACACAGGCGAUUCAGACAUUUGCUUCGGAUACCUCUCCUCAGGGCGAAGUCUGCCUAUCCCCGGAGUUGCCCAAAUCGUCGGGCCAAUGAUGAAUUUGCUUGUCUCCCGUGUUGGUGGUGUGGAUACCAUGUCACUCAAAGAUCUCCUUGAGACUUUCAGAGAUGAUUUUCUCAACGCGCUGCCACAUCAAUGCUUCUCCAUCAGCAAGGUACAGCGUAUCCUCGGAACCAACGAAACGAAGCUUUUCAACACCAUCAUGACCUCGUAUUACUCACCUUACAUGUCCGGCGACAGCAGCAGUAGCUUAUUCAAGCUAAUCGCAUCGCAUAAUGCCUCAGACUUUGACAUCGUGCUUAAGGCCGUUUACUCGGACUCGGACAUUCGAGUGCGGCUCGCGUACUCGAUAGCUGUAUUGUCGCCGUCAAUGGCGAGCAGGGUCUCGCAUACCUUCUCAAGCAUCUUGUCAAGGUUGAUUGGGAUGGAUAACGCACAAGCUGCUGUCAACUCGACAACCGCAAUAAGCUCUUGGGAUAUGCGCCAAGUCACAGCCUGGAAUUCACACAUGCACACUCCCCUGCUCAAAGCUCAAUCGACUUGCAUCCACCAACUUAUCCAAGAACAAGUUCGGCUGCGGCCCACUGCCCCGGCUAUCCACUCUUGGGAUGGGAACAUGAGCUAUAAAGAGCUUGACGAAGCAGCUACGAUUGUGGCCCAAGAGAUCUUAAACCUCGGCAUUGGACCCGGAGCUUUCGUUGCGCUUUGCUUCGAGAAGUCGAAAUGGUAUUCUGUGGCCCUUCUCGGCGUCUUGAAGAGUGGCAACGCCUUCUCGCCUGUUGAUAUCUCGAAUCCUGAGACUAGGCGAGAGGAGAUUCUGCAGCAGCUCGGAAUUUCCGAAAAUUCUGGCUUGGUCAUUUGCUCGUGUAAGCAGGCACCAUCGAUCAGACAUUUGGCUGGCCAGAUUCUCCAACUCGAUCAGGAACAGCUUGAGACGUCCAUGUCAUCAAGAGUAGAGCGUGGCGGUCCGCUUGUAGCAACCUCUUCUGACAGCCCGGCAUACGUCGUUUUCACCUCUGGAUCUACAGGAAAGCCAAAGGGAGUCGUCGUGGAACAUGGAGCAUAUGCAUACGCAGCUCAGGCUCACAGCCCAGGAAUACACAUCCAAUCCGGUUCGAGAGUCUUGCAGUUUGCUUCCUAUGGCUUUGAUACUAGCAUGGAGGACCAUCUUACAACUUUCUCCGUAGGUGCCUGUCUAUGUGUUCCAUCUGAGGAAGCCAGAAUGAACUGCUUAGAUCUAGCGGAAUUUGCAAAGAGAUCAGAAGCAAACUGGGCACACCUCACACCCUCAUUCGCCGAAAUGUUCACUCCAGUCACACUGCCAACUGUGAGGACAAUGGUUCUUGGCGGAGAGGCAAUGACUGCAAAGAACGUCCAGAACUGGGCCACGCCCCAAACAGAACUCAUCCAAGUUUACGGACCAUCAGAGUGUAGCGUUACUAGCACGAUCAGUUCGCCAUUUUCUCAAGGAAGCAACCCUACCAACAUUGGAUUUCCGGUUUCUGGGUGCGCAGCAUACGUUGCUAGGCCAGAUGAUCCAAAUAUGCUUCAAGCCGUUGGCGCAGUGGGUGAGCUCCUGAUGGAAGGACCGAUUCUCGCAAGGGGUUACCUGGGUGACCCCAUGAAAACAUCGACCUCGUUCGUUCAAGGCCUCGACUGGGCACCUAGAAAGAGACUUUACAGGACCGGCGAUCUGGUCAAGUAUGACUCUUUUGGGCACCUCCACUUCGUUGGGCGUAGAGAUGGUCAGGUCAAGCUAAGGGGUCAGAGGAUCGAGCUAGGAGAAAUCGAAAGACAGUUGGUCCUAGAGCCUCGGGUGCGGCAAUGCGUCGCGCUUGUUCCCAAGUCCGGACCUUGCGCCAAGAGAUUAGUGGCUGUUGUCACACUCAAUGACCCAUUUUCAGCGCCGCCCAUAAGCAUGUCGGUAUCGCGUAUCGAGAUCCUCGACGCACCUUGGCUGAAGCAUAUCGACUGCAUGAGGGGGUUCCUCCUCGACAAGUUACCGCCCUAUAUGAACCCAGAGCUGUGGAUCAUUCUAAUGGCCAUGCCGAGGAAUUCCUCCGGAAAAUUAGAUCGCAAACGCGUGACCAAGUAUCUCGAGAACCUCACCCCUGACGAGUUUGCCAGCUUACUACCUCGUAUGGAUGACGAUAGCCCUGAAAGACCGGGUACAGAACUGGAAAUAAGGUUGAGAAGUAUCUGGAGUGAAGUUUUGAAUAUCUGUGAGGAUGAGAUUUGCUGGAAUACCUCAUUCUAUCAUCUUGGCGGCGACUCUAUCUCAGCAAUUACCAUCAGCAGUAUGGCGAGGCAGAUUGGAUUGAACAUCUGCGCUGCAGAUGUCCUUCGAUACCGAUCAAUCGAACGAUUGGUGAAAGCAGCCAUAGGAGCCGUCUCGCCAGCCUCAGCUCAAGCCAACACAUCCGAAGAAUCGGCAGAUAUGCAGGCUUUCACACUUUCCCCCAUCCAGAAACUCCACUUUCAAGCUUCACCCAAGGGAGAUGCUCUUGAUCAACAGACCGUGUUGGUUGAAGCCACCCAGAACCUGGAUCAACAGGACUUGUUAAAGGCUUUGGAAUCUAUUCUCAAGACUCACCCAAUGCUGUGUGCGCGUUUCAAGUGCCACAGCAAAGGCGAAUGGACGCAACAACUUCCUGUGAGAUCCGCUAUCAGCAUGGUCGACUGCUGUCGCCUACGGUUUCACAGUCGCGGACAGCUCGAUUACGUUGUGGAGUGCAUCGCCGAGGCCAAGAGAUCACUCGAUCUUACUAAUGGUCCUCUAAUGGCUGUUGACGUAUUCGAGGCCAACUGUCGGACACUACUAUCAAUGACAAUUCAUCACCUUGUUGUAGAUGCAGUGUCUUGGCGGAUACUCUUGCGUGAGUUGGAGUCAUACCUCCGUCUUGGAACGCCGAUUUUAGCCGAGACAACGUCCUUCCAGCAUUGGACUUUGGAACAACAACGAUUCGCAUCGAGUCUACUUCCUCAUGAUGUUCUGCCUCCGUCGUCACAUGCAAUUGUCACUGACUUAUCCUUCUGGGGAAUGGCAAAUAACAGAAACUGUUUCGGGGACUCUAUCUGUCACACUAUCACUCUCGACGCGAGUGUCUCCGAAGCACUAUCAGCGCAAGGAAACGCUGGACACGGCACUCAAGAUAUUCUGUUGGUGGCUGUGAUCGAGUCAUUCGUUGAGAUAUUCGGACGGUCACCUGCCCUGUUCAGCGAAGGCCAUGGACGAGAACUCUUUACACCUGCCGUGGACCCAUCCAACACUGUUGGUUGGUUUACGACUUUCUCUCCUAUCACUGCACAAGAUCACGGCGAUUUCCUGAGCGGCAUCCGCAAGUUUCGCCAUAUGACCCCCCUAAACGGCUUGGAAUACUUCGCGUCACGUUUCCUGAGCAAGGCUGGUGAGGAGGCAUUCAAGCACCAUUAUCCCAUGGAGAUCACUCUCAACUUUCUCGGGGCUUUCCAGCAAUUCGAAAAGAAGGAUUCCUUGUUCAAGCCAUGCAACGAUGGAUUCCAGGAGAGAAUUUUAAGUCUCAGACAUCAGCAGCGUGCGGGUUCAUCCAGAUAUGCCCUAAUUUCAAUCUUGGCUUCCAUCAAGGACAGUGAGCUGUCUUUACAGGUUGAGUGGAACUCUCGGAUGAACCACCAAGAUCUGUUGGUAAAUUGGCUGCAUCAGUUGGAACAGAGUCUGAAAAGAUUUGUCUUCAGUUUCGCCAAUAUGCACCAGCGCUUGCCACCAUCGCCUUCUGAGAUAAUGGUUUCUUCUAUUGGGCUUAGACGCAAGGAACUCAACACCAUUCUUGGUCUCGCUCAAUCACGCCUUGGCAUCACAACUAGCGAGAUAGAAGCGAUUUUCCCUUGUUCUCCGAUUCAGGACAGCCUCAUACUGUCGCAGCUGAGAAGUGUGAACAAUCAGUAUACCCAGCGCUUUCUCUUCAAACUGUCGGGGUCAACACCGCUCAACCCUGAGGAUCUCUCCGCAGCCUGGAAGCAUGUUGUUGCAACACACCAAAUCUUGAGAACCGUUUUCAUUGAGAACGAGUCUGGGAGAUUCUUUCAGCUCGUCUUGAAGGCUGUCAACGUGGUGAUUCAGAUCCACAAGCUUCGAAGCGAGGGUGACCUGCCAACGCUAUGGGCCGAGCAGUCUUCCUCGGUUGCACCAGAACCUUUGAGCGGUAGAAUACUCCACAACCUCCAGAUGUACACCGCAGGUGACGGAUCGGUCUACUGUCUUUUGGAAAAAAAUCACAUCAUCACUGACGGCACGACAUCUCGACUCUUGAUUCGAAACUUCCUGGCUGCUUUCGACGGCCGUCCACGACAGGACACCUGCCCGUACUCGAACUACAUCGACUGUGUCCAAAAUCAAGACACCGCUGAAACUGCUCAAUACUGGUCCCGGUACUUGAAUGGCGCACCAUCAUGCCAGUUUCCAGUACUUCGCCAGCAUCGACCGUCAUCAGCUGAAAUGCUAGAGUUUACCCGCAAAUCCUCCAUCAUUCCAGACAUGGGCACUUUGAGCUCGACAUGUCGAAAAUUGGAUCUCACUGUACCCAUUAUCUUCCAGGCGGCGUGGUCCGUGGUUUUGUCAACAUACAUGAACUCUGACGAUAUAGUCUUUGGCCUUCUUGGCCACGGGCGAGACAUCCCAAUCCCGGGGGCGUCAGAGAUCGUUGGCCCGAUGGCAAACGUUGUGCCCGUAAGAGUACAACUGGGCCCGAAGAGGAAAAUCUCGGAGAUCUUGACUACUUUACAAGAAGACAACAUUGGACAUCUUUCUCGACAGACUGUUUCCUUGGCGCGAAUCCAGCAUGCAGCCAGGCGCAGUGGAGAUGCUUUGUUCAACACGAUUCUCAACUUUCAGAAGACUGGCGCAGCAACGGCAGCGGGUAGGAUCAAAUCGGAACUGCUUUUCGCGCACGACACAAGCGAGUACGACAUCGCUUUGUGUGUAACUGAGGGCCAAGGUCAAUUCCAAAUUACCAUCGAGACCCCAACCCACUUCAUGUCCGAGGCCCAGUCAGAGAGACUCUUAGCAAACUAUACAAAAGCCUUACGCACCAUAAUCGAUGACCCAGAAGCCCAAACGUCGAACAUGCACCUUGCCAGCAACCUAGACCAGAUUCAGCUGGAGCAAUGGAACUCAUCUCCGCUCGAGACCAACGAACAUUGUAUACAUGACAUGAUAUCGGAAACGGUGUACCGACAGCCAUCAAAGCCAGCCAUAUGUGCCUGGGAUGGCGAGCUAUCGUAUGCCGAGGUAGACUUCCUCUCCACGAAGCUCGCGGCCCGACUUCAAGCCCAGGGAGCUGCGCCAGAAGAGAUCGUCGUUCUUUGUUUUGAGAAAUCUCUCUGGGCAGUGGUUUCAAUGCUUGCAGUAGCGAAAUCCGGAGCGGCGUUCGUUCACAUUGAUCCAAAUGGGGCCUCGAAGAGGAACCAGUCUGUGAUCAAGCAGACUCGGGCCAGGAUUGGUCUAUCUUCACCGAAACAUUCCGAUAAGCUGAAAGGCCUCGUUGAGACGCUCGUCGUUGUCGACAAGACUUUUACUGAGAGUUUACUAAGCUCUUCGGACAGCGAUUCGCUAUCCCGUGGCGUAACACCGCUGAAUACACUCUAUAUCAUCUUUACAUCGGGAACAACAGGGACACCAAAAGGGGUAGUGAUCCAGCACAAGUCAUUUUGCUCAGCAGCGGCUUCCAACAGGUCCUGGCUGCAAAUCAAUGCCGAUUCCCGCGUGCUGCAGUUCACAAACUUCUGCUUUGAUGCGUCUCUAGAAGAGAUUUUCACCGUCCUCGUUGCCGGCGGCUGCAUCUGCAUCCCGUCCGAAGAGGAGCGUAUGUCCGACAUCCCUGGGUUCGUCGCGCGGAAGCAGGUGAACUGGGCCGCAUUCACGCCAUCUUUUCUCCGAACCCUUGAUCCCAAUGAUCUGGAUUCAGUGAAAUUCAUCACCGUCCAUGCGGAACCGAUGGGGCAGGAUCUUGUGGCUCGUUGGGCUGGGAAGAUUCAUAUGAGACCCAGCUACGGGCCGACGGAAUGCUCAGUGACUAGCACCGUGGGGAGCCCGUUCAACGUGGACACGGAUGCUACGAGUAUUGGACUGCCGGUUGGUUGUCGCGCUUGGGUCGUUCAUCCGGAAAAUCACCACCUUCUGAUGCCCAUUGGGGCUAUUGGCGAGCUGCUUCUUGAUGGACCAAUAGUUGGCAAAGGCUAUCUUAACGACGAGGUGAAGACCGCGACCGCUUUCAUCGAGCCUCCGUUAUGGGCAGCUGGCAAGAACUUCUCGUCUGAAUAUGACAGCGGUAGUCCACGGAGAUUGUACAAGACUGGUGAUUUGGUCAGGUAUGCCGAAGACGGAAGCUUGCUCAUCCAGCGUAGGAAGGACCACUCCCAAGUCAAGAUCCGCGGUCAGCGUGUUGAGCUUGGUGAGAUUCAAUAUCAUCUGAACAAUCUCUCUGGGGUAAUUCAACACAGCAUGAUCUUGGUACCAGAAGUAGGGAACCUCGCAGGACGUCUCGUGGCAGUCGUGAGCCUGACGGUCCUGGCAUCGAAACUCGAAGCACACGAUUACAAUCAGGGCGUUGCUAUCGUUGAGAAGGACUCCCUCAGCCGAGAGAUGUCUCAAAAGCUGGAUAAUUCGAUGCAUGAGAUUGCCUCUGCGCUUAAGAGGGAGCUGCCUCAGUAUAUGAUUCCAGAAACCUGGCUCAUAGUCAAAAGCCUUCCGGUCCAACUGUCACUCAAGCUGGACCGACAACGGCUAAUGAACUGGGUGGGUCAAAUUGACCAGCAGACAGUUUUAGAUUCCCUUGAUCUCCAUCGGAUCGACGGUCUAGAUCACCAAUGCUGUUCUCCGACUGAAGAGACUUUGAGAGGCAUAUGGGCAGAAGUCCUCGGCCUCGAAUCUCACCGCAUAGCACUCGAACAAUCAUUCUUCAGGCUUGGGGGAGAUUCCAUCUUUGCGAUUCAGGUAAUGAGACUCUGCAAAGCAGCCAGCCUCAACGUCACAACGCAGGAUGUUCUUGCCAAUCCCACGAUCAGGCUUCUGGCACAGACCAUUUCAAAGCGCAUGGCCAAACACGAAAUGGGUCAGGCCCACCCUGAAUCGCUGAGCAAUUCUGCCUCUUUGCCGCAGUCUAUCCUGAAUCCCGACAAUGUCGCGGCCUUGGUCCCCUGCUCGCCGUUCCAGAAGAGGAUGUAUCAAGCAUUUCUUGGCAAACCUCAGAGUCCCUAUUUGUUCAACAGCCUUGUUGAGUUGAACGACAUCAAAGGCUCUUCGUCUGUUGACACCAGCGCGCUCCAGAGAGCGUGGCAGCAGACUGUCAGUCGACAUGCAACACUGCGGACCGCAUUUAUUCAGGAACUCGCCUCGGGCAACGUCUUCCAGAAAAUACUCAAAAAUCACAAAGCCGAUAUCUCCGUUUCGAAUGUCAAGUCGGAGGACGAGGCCAAGAGUAAAAGCAGACUUCAUCUCAACUUCGUUCGCUCGAAGUUGUUCAACGACGACUCGCCGCCAGUUUCAGUCCGCCUUUUUGUCACUGCCCACAGACAGACGUUUGUCCAUUUCGUCAUGGGACACGUACUGAUUGACCAUGUGAGCUUGGCCCACCUCUUCUCCGAUUUCAUCACGUUCUAUCGGGGCCAGAAUCCAGGAGAAGCGCCAUUGAGCGGCUUCCAUGACUAUAUCGAUCACAUCAACACCUGUCGUCGUCUACAGGCAAGCAAUCAAUAUUGGGUCGAUAAACUUCAGAACUUGCCGCCCUGCAUGGUUCCCGUAGAGUCAAUUACAGGUACAGAUACCGGCUCGGACCCUCACGUGAUUGAGUCCAUCAAUUUCUCGAUAGACAUCACGGCAAAGUUGAAGCAAUUUCUCUGCGAGGCCGGGGUAACUCUGUCCAACCUCCUGCAGUUCACCUGGGCAAUGCUCCUCCAUGUAUGCACUGGCCACUCAAUCAUAUGUUUUGGUCACCUAGUCUCAGACCGAGACAUUGACUUGCCACACGCGCAUGAGAUUGUUGGGCCAAUGCUAUCAAUGAUGGUCGCCUGCGCUAGCUUGAGCGAGGCAACGCCCAUUCUCCAUGCUUUGCAGGAUUUUCAAGAUGAGAGCAUCCGCAGCCUGAGUCACAAGACCUUUGAGCUGAUUGAGGUUGAGCGGCAGCUAGGGUGCGAAGGCACGGGGCUUUUCAAUACUUUGGUCAACUAUCGGAAGAUCAAGUACUCGAAUGAUCUUGAUAUUGGGUUCCGGUCCAUCUGGAAGCAGGAUCCCCAUGAGCAACUCCUAGUGCUAGCAUUCAACGAAGGACCUUCUCGACUUGACGCUACGCUGACUUAUUACGAGUCUUUAUUCUCUCAGACUACCAUGGAGAACUUGGUGGAGACAUAUCGACGCCUACUCGCUCUGUUGAUCGAUUGCCAGUAUCAGACCGUAGGCGACGUCAAAACUGAACUCACUUCGUAG